UGACCCGUGCGCUAGCCUUAUCGAUUGUUCUACUCGCUCUAUGUCUAAGACUUCAGAAGUUCAGAAGUUCAUGGGGUGCACGACUCGAAAGCAAUGAGUUUAACCUUGACCAGAUUCCUGCCUCCUUCAUUUCCUUUCUCACACACCGCCCAGCAUACUGCUAGGCUCAAGUCUGCGACGCUAAUUCCUCUUUCCUGAAGUAGCUGGGUGUUACAAAAAAUGAAUCUGAACCUCUCGGCCUCGAUCAAUGUUUUCAGGUUGCUGGCAAAGCCGUCCUUGUGUCUGCCUCACGCAACUGUUGCCACCUUCGACGAGCUACCGAUUCCUCUCGACAAGGCCUUCGCAAAGAAGGGCCGGGGAGUAGACAUAAGGGCGGUUGUCCUGGACAAAGAUGACUGCUUUGCGAUCCCUGACCACAAUGAGGUGCAUGAACCAUACAAGCGCCGGUUUGAGGCUCUGCGGACAGCGUACCCAGGACGGCGCCUCCUGAUCGUAUCCAACACCGCUGGUGCCACAAGCUACGAUGUUGGCGGCAGGCUUGGCUCAGAGGUCGAGAAAUCGACUGGCGUCCACGUCCUCUCUCAUUCCGUGAAGAAGCCAGGUUGCGGCGACGAGAUCAUGUCUUACUUCCGCGACCAUCCCGAAACUGGAGUAACAAGCCCUCAGCAAAUUGCCGUUGUUGGUGAUCGACUGGCAACCGACAUGAUGCUGGCCAACAUGAUGGGCAGCUGGGGCGUCUGGGUCAAGGACGGCGUGGUGCCCCUGCAAGAAAAGAGCAUUUUCUCCAGAGUCGAAAGGAGGCUCGCAUCUUACCUUCUCUCUCGGGGAUACUCCGCUCCCGAACCCACGAGCCCAUUUGAGUGACGCCAAAAAUGAACUACUGCCCCUCAAGGACACAUAGCAAUCAUAGGGCUACCGAACCUGCGAAUUGUGGACCAGUUGACGGGUUGUUUGUGAAAUCAGUGCAAAGAAAAGGCAGUCAAUGGUACGUCAGGCCUUGGUCAUCAGUGGAUGCUGUCGGGUCUUUCGUGCCACCUUCCCUUCGCAUGACCCUGCGCUGGGCCCCGUGUUCUCUGUUGCCCAGGCCUUCAAGGGAGGGGUCAGGGCAAAGAACUUUGCUCAUGAUGCGUAGGAGGAGGUCACUUCCGAGGGAUUCAGGGCGACUGCAGCUCGGAUGGUGUGGUUGCUCGCAUCGCUACGAUUGGGCUAAGGACCUUGGUCAGUCACUCGGGGGCCCUACCAUGACGAGCGAAGGUCCUCAUGCACCAUUU